AUUAAUGAGAGGGAGCGAGGGCAGCGGGAGCCGCUUUAAAGGAGGAGAAGGGAAGGCAGCGGCAGAGCGCAGGCAGCGCCGGGAGCCGCUCCGCCGGGAGCCGCUCCGCCGUCCCCUCCCUGGGAGCCAGCCCCGGGACAGAGCAUCGGGGGGACGAACCCCAGCAGAAUAAACGCAUCGACGCCCCGGCAUCUCCUUGGGUACCUGCUGUCUCAAAAUGAAGCUCCUGACAGCAGCUCUGCUCCUGCUCUUCAUCGCGAUGUGCUUAGCCAGCGCAGAAGGCGUGAAGUGCAAAUGUUCAAGAAAAGGUCCUAAAAUAAGAUUCUCUAAUGUACGGAAGCUGGAAAUAAAACCGAGGUACCCGUUUUGUGUGGAAGAGAUGAUUAUUGUGACGCUGUGGACACGGGUCAGGGGCGAGCAGCAGCACUGCCUCAACCCCAAGCGCCAGAACACCGUGAGGCUGCUCAAGUGGUACCGAGUAUGGAAGGAGAAGGGCAGGGUUUACGAAGAAUAAGAGAAAGUGGUACAAGGAAUGGAGUGGACUCCCUUGGCUGGCAUAGGACUGGGCUCUACAGAAGAUUAUUUCUCUCUUGCAGACAUAAGACACAAAAUCUAUAUUACUAUAAAGCACUUUUUACCAAGGGUCAGUUUUUACAUUUUAUAGCCGUAUGCAAAAGGCUUCCAGAUUUCACAAGCAUCUGUUGCACUUCUGAUUUCAUACCCGUCUGCUCUGUACUGAAAUUAGG